AUGAAAGCAAAUAACGAUUUUGAUAUCAUUGCAUUACUACAUUUACAAGCCUGGGAGGAAGGUGGGGCACAUGGCGGCCCACAAUUUUUGGUAUUUCAUAGAGAACUGCUUAAAGCUUUUGAAUUAUCGAUGCGAGAAGCUUCAUACAAACUUUUCCAAUCGACCGAUGUUUGUUUGGCUUAUUGGGACUCGACCUUGGAUGGACGUUUACCGACACCAAAGGAUUCAUAUUUCUUUACCGCUGAUUUCAUUGGAAGUACAAAUGCUAGUGGACAAGUGAUUGAUGGGCCUUUUUCACCUUGGGAAACAUUAAUGAAUACAGAUUAUCUUGAAAGAGCGGUAGGUGUUGGUGGCACCUGCUACAAAGAAGAAUACAUUAAUUGGCAAAUGCAACAAACUAAGAUUGAAAAUAUCAUAGCAUAUACGGCGAUACCAGAUCCAGUAAAGUGUUCUAGUAUAGUAUAUUCUGGAAAUCCCGAAUUGGCUCAUGGUGGUCCUCACACAUUUAUCGGUGGAAAUAUGGCAUAUAUAACUCAAUCAGCAAACGACCCUGUUUUUUACAACCAUCACUGUUUCGUUGAUUAUCUUUUCGAACAAUGGCGACAAGCAAGACAGAAUUAUUCUGAAAGGCCAGUUCAAUAUCCACUUGAUAAUUCUGUAUAUCUAUAA